AAGACACACUGUCACACGCGCGCGCGCACACACAAAGGAGAAAAUUUCCUGUUCUCUACAUUCAUCACCAUAUAUAUGAACACGAAUUAGAAUGGAUUUAACUGACUCCGAAAUACUACACGAAUUUCGCUUCCUCAAAGUAUUCAAAGACGGCCGGGUAGAGAAAAUCAGCUGGCCGCCCGUCAAAAUCCCUCCCUCCGACGACCCCAUCACCGGCGUCCGAUCUAAAGACGUCCGCAUAUCCAACGAACCCGAAAUCUCGGUCCGAAUAUUCCUUCCCAAAUUACCCGACCCGACCCACAAGUUCUCCCUCAUCGUCUACAUGCACGGUGGCGGAUUCUCCAUGAUGUCCGCCUUCACCCCCCACUACGACCGCCACGCCCGCCGCCUCACCGGCGAAUCCACCUCCAUUGUCGUUUCGGUCGAGUACCGUCUCGCUCCGGAACACCCAAUACCCGCUUGCUACGACGACUCUUGGGCUGUGCUCCGGUGGGUCGCCGCCCACAGUACCAGAGAUGGAGCCGAGCCUUGGUUGAACGAUCACGCCGAUUUCAGCCGUGUAUUCGUCGGCGGAGAUAGCGCCGGAGGGAACAUGGCUCACACGUUGGCUUACCGGGUCGGAACAAUCGGGUUACCCGGAGUUAAACUCGUCGGGGCUUUUUUGAUCCACCCGUAUUUUGGGGGAGUGGAAGCGGAUGAUAAAAUGUGGAUGUACAUGUGUCCGACUAACAGUGGAUUUGAUGAUCCAAGGAUGAAGCCGCCCGUAGAGGAUCUGGCAGUGAUUGGGUGUGAGAGGGUGUUGAUGUUCGUGGCUGGGAAUGAUCAUCUGAGAGAGCCAGGUAGGGCCUACUACGAGAGGCUGAAGAGGAGUGGGUGGAAAGGGAGCGUGGAGAUUGUGGAGAAUGAAGGGCAGGAACAUUGCUUCCAUCUGCAUGACCCCACCAAUGAGAAUGCUGUGGCUCUGGUUAAAAAGAUUGUUGAUUUCAUCAACCAAUAAUAAGUUGAAUAGGUGGGGCCUUCCUUUAGAUAUAUUACUAUUUCUAUUUGUGAUGAAAUGGGUAUUUAUUAUUAUUAUUUUUUUUUAUGGGUGUAUGAAAUGGCUGUGUGAGAAAUAAUAAUGUUGUUUAUAUACUUCAAGGAAAAAUGUUGUUAUGUGGCCUCU